AUGCAGCGAACCAGCGAGAUAACGAUGAAGGUGGCCGGCGCUAUUGCCGUAGCGACUGCUGUCGGCUUUCUUGUUCGGGCGUGGCUUCGGCGAUCCAACAAGGUGGACGGAAGCGACAAGGCGAAUUGCGGUGGAUAUCAUGGUAAGCAGAAGAAGUGCCCAAUCCGCCCCGUCGAAAAGAUUGAAGGUCGUGGCUUCACACGAAAUGAGCUCCAAGAAUACGAUGGAGUACGAAAGAGUGAUAUUUACGUCAGUGUAAAGCGCGUGGUGUACGAGGUGGCCCCACAGUUCUACGGGCCAGGUAAGCCGUACCAUAUCUACGCGGGGCGCGAGAUUUCUCGAUGUCUUGCAAAGGCGGAUUUGACGGGAAAGGAAGCGGACAAACACUGGGUUCCCGGAUGCAAGGAUGAGGAGAUUGCACAGCUAGAGGAAUGGGUAAAGAGGUUUGAGUCGAAAUACCCUGUUAUGGGAUGGUAUUUGCCAGACAAAGAAUUCUUUUCGUCUGUAGGAGCCGUGGAAGAUGAUGCAGAGUGA